AGUGAACUACCUCUUAUGAAAUAAAGAAAUGGAUGGGAUGGAUGAAACAUCUAAAAGAAUCCUAGAGCCGUACCAGUAUUUACUUCAACUACCAGGUAAGCAAGUGAGAACCAAACUGUCGCAGGCCUUUAAUCACUGGCUGAAUGUUCCAGAAGAUAAAAUACAGGUUAUCAUUGAAGUGACAGAGAUGUUGCACAAUGCAAGUCUACUUGUGGAUGAUAUUGAAGAUAACUCAAAGCUACGACGGGGCUUUCCAGUGGCACACAGUAUCUAUGGAAUUCCAUCUGUAAUCAACUGUGCUAAUUAUGUGUAUUUCCUUGGCUUAGAGAAGGUUUUAACCCUUGAUCAUCCAGAUGCUGUUAAAGUUUUUACCCGUCAACUUCUGGAGCUCCACAAAGGUCAAGGCUUGGAUAUUUACUGGAGGGACACUUACACCUGUCCUACGGAAGCUGAAUAUAAAGCUAUGGUACUGCAAAAGACAGGUGGUCUCUUUGGAUUAGCUGUAGGCCUCAUGCAGCUGUUCUCAAGUUAUAAAAAAGACUUAAAGCCACUUCUUAACACACUUGGCCUCUUCUUCCAAAUAAGAGAUGACUAUGCCAACUUGCACUCCAAAGAAUAUAGUGAAAACAAGAGUUUUUGUGAAGACUUAACUGAGGGCAAGUUCUCAUUCCCAACCAUUCAUGCAAUUUGGUCAAGACCUGAAAGUACUCAGGUGCAAAACAUUUUACGUCAAAGGACAGAGAACAUAGAUAUAAAAAAAUACUGCGUACAUUACCUUGAAAAUGUGGGUUCCUUUGAGUACACCCGGAAUACAUUGAAAGAGCUUGAAUCUGAAGCCUAUAAACAAAUUGAAUCACUUGGGGGAAACCCUGAGCUUGUAGCACUAGUUGAACAGCUGAGCAAAAUGUUCAAAGAAACUGAAAAUUAAAAAUUUCACUUCUGGGGGUGGAUUAAAAUGGGAAAAUAACCAGACUAUCUCAGAGGUGUGAUAAUCAGUCUCACUUAAAACUUUCUCUUAUAGCCAUGUUACAGAAAUUACUGUUAAAAACAAUUUGUCACUGAGUAUUAAAAUAUAUACCCUAUUAUCUAUACAGUCUUGACUGUUAACUGCUUACAGAUGGCUUUGUUAAAGUGGAUGUACUGGAACUGAAACAAGUUUUGAAUCUAAAUGUGAUCAUCUUUACACAGUCAUCAGCUUUA